CUCGCUUGGAUAAAGACGAGUUAGCAUACUUCACUCAGGUGAGAGAAAAGUUGGUUUUUAGUACUGUCGUAAAAAGGUUAGCUAUAUUUGACCGUGAAAAGCUUGAGAAGAAAGCAAGAUUGUUUUGAGAAUCAAUGGCGAAAUCAGGUGUCAUUAGAUUACCAUGGAUUUCGGCUUUGGUAUUGAUAGUGGCGUUAUUAGACGGCGUCCUCGGAGGCAACCAUAGCGGUGGCAACGUAACUUACGACGAGAGAUCGUUGAUCAUCAAUGGUGAACACAAACUUCUCUUCUCUGGUUCUAUUCACUAUCCGCGGAGUACUCCCGAAAUGUGGCCUUCUUUGAUAGCUAAAGCAAAGGCGGGUGGAAUAGAUGUGAUACAAACCUACGUGUUCUGGGACAUACAUGAACCCGAACAAGGAAGGUAUGAUUUUAGUGGUGGACGCGAUAUAGUAAGAUUCUUAAAGGAAGUACAAGCACAAGGAUUAUAUGUCUGCUUAAGGAUCGGACCCUUCAUUGAGGCAGAAUGGAAUUAUGGUGGUCUACCAUUUUGGCUGCAUGAUAUUCCGGGAAUUGUUUAUCGAACUGAUAACGAACCAUUCAAGCUUCGCAUGCAAAACUUCACCACGAAGAUAGUGAACAUGAUGAAGUCGGAAGGCUUAUAUGCUUCUCAGGGAGGGCCAAUCAUACUUUCACAGAUUGAGAAUGAAUACUCGACGGUGGAAGCAUCCUUUCAUGAGGAAGGACCUCUUUAUGUUAAAUGGGCAGCAAACAUGGCGGUUAGCCUUCAGACUGGUGUGCCAUGGAUCAUGUGCAAGCAAAACGAUGCGCCUGACUCUGUGAUAAAUACCUGCAAUGGGUUGAAAUGUGGAGAAACAUUCGCUGGACCAAACUCGCCUAAUAAGCCAUCUCUUUGGACUGAGAACUGGACUACCUACUAUCAAGUUUAUGGAGGCGAACCCUACAUAAGAUCAGCAGAGGAUAUUGCAUUUCAUGUAGCCCUUUUCAUUGCGGCAAAGAAGGGGGCUUUCGUCAAUUAUUAUAUGUAUCAUGGAGGAACCAAUUUUGGAAGAUCGGCCGCUGCAUAUAUGAUUACAGGCUACUAUGAUCAAGCCCCUUUGGACGAAUAUGGUAAAAACCGUAAACCAAAAUGGAGUCAUUUUAAGGAAUUACAUGCUGCAGUCAAGCUAUGCACCAAACCCUUGCUUUAUGGAACAAAAUCUAACAUCUCACUCGGCAUUCGACAAGAAGCGUUUGUGUUCAAAACUGAGUCUGGAGAGUGUGCUGCCUUUUUGGUGAAUAGGGGAGCUAAGGAUGUGAGCGUUCUGUUUCAGAAGGUUACAUACGAGUUACCUUCGAAUUCCAUCAGCAUCUUACCAGAUUGCAAAACUGUGGCAUUCAACACUAAAAGGGUAAGCAUACAAUACAAUACAAGAACAAUGAAGGCAGCACAAAAGUUUGAUUCAUUUGAAAAAUGGCAAGAGUUCAAGGAAAUGAUACCUAGCUUUGAUGAAACCACGUUAAGAGAAAACAUGUUAUUAGAGCAGACAAAUACCACAAAAGAUCGCUCAGAUUAUCUUUGGUACACCAUGAGGGUUCAACAGGAUUCUCCUGACUCUCAACAAACACUUGAAGUGGGUUCUCGAGCUCAUGUUGUGCGUGCGUUCGUCAAUGGAGUUUAUGCAGGCUCUGCCCAUGGAGCUAAAAAUCAACCAAACUUCUCUCUGAAUAAUAAUAUUACAUUGAGACAUGGAACCAACAACAUCUCGUUGCUCAGUGUGAUGGUUGGGUUACCGGAUUCUGGAGCAUAUCUUGAGAGAAGAGUUCUUGGACUGCGAACAGUGAGAAUUGGAGGCAAAGAUUACUCUGCCCAACCUUGGGGAUACAAGGUUGGCCUAUCGGGAGAGAACUCGCAAAUAUUUUUAGGCUCGGGGUCAGAUGAUACUCAAUGGAGUAAGUUAGAUAACUCCUCUCAGCCACUCACUUGGUAUAAGACUCAGUUUGAUGCACCUCCGGGUGAUGACCCUAUCGCCCUGAACCUUGGUUCCAUGGGGAAGGGUGCAGUUUGGGUUAACGGCUGGGGCAUUGGCCGGUACUGGGUCUCCUUCCUCACCGGAAAAGGGGAGCCUUCACAGAAAUGGUAUCAUGUGCCACGUUCCUUCCUCAAGCCAACAGGAAACCUGUUGGUUAUCUUUGAAGAAGAAACAGGAAACCCGGUUGGGAUUAGUCUGGAUGCUGUUUCCAUUACCAAAACUUAACUUUGUUGGUCCAUGCUCAAUUUCUUUCUUUUAUGAGUCCUAGGAACAAUUGUGCAAUGCUUCCAUUAGUAAUUGGUUCAUGUCAAUUGUCCAACAAUCUAAUUCAAGCCAAAGUUAUCUCGCUAUAAAAUUAAUC